AUGAUCUCGGAAGAUAUCCCAAGCGAGAGCAACGCGGUGCAGAUUUAUUUUCCAAGUGUCGUGUUUUUCGUUUUGACGCCUGUUUUUGUCGCUUUGAGAUUGUGGAAUCGUGGUGUAAGGAGGUCGGGCCUGGGCUGGGAUGAUACAACGAUUGUGAUAUCCUUUCUAUGUGCCUUGGCCGUUCAGGGCGUUAUGAUAGCUUCGUGCAAUUACGGGUUUGGUCGGCAUAUUUCAACCUUGACUCUCGAGGACAAAGCAACGGCACUUAAACUAUUCUACAUUGCCCAGAUCUUCUACAAACUAACCAUCAACCUCGCCAAGAUCUCAAUGCUCUUGCUCUACCUCCGCAUCUUCGUCCAAGAAUGGUUCCGCAGGUGCUGCUUCACUCUCAUGGCCAUCAUGGCCUGCUACAUGGCCGUAGCCUUGGCCCUGUCGAUCUGGCAAUGCCAUCCCCUCAGCGGCGCCUGGGACAAGUCGCUUCACCCGAAGUGUGUCAGUCUGGACAAGACCUGGCACGCGAAUGCAGGUUUCUCCAUCGCAACAGACGUUCUAAUAUUGAUGUUGCCCAUGCAUCCGAUCUGGUCGAGCAAACUGGCUGUUCCUCACAAACGAGCUCUCAUAACGGUGAUCACCAUGGGUGGUGGCGUUGUUAUAGUAACGUCUAUCGUGCGCAUGACAACUCUAAAGAAAUCAACCAAAACCCCCGAUACGACUUUCAAUAUAACGUCCACAAUGUGGACUAUCAUCGAGCAAAACCUGGCCAUCAUCUGCACAUGUCUGCCGAUGAGCCGCAUCCCCCUCGCCACGCUCUUCCCGCCGUGGUUCUCUACGUCCAUCAUAACAACACCCAGCGCCUCUCGGUUCAACGACCGCCCUGGAAGCCAGCCCCGAGUUUGGAAUCCUUACGUCGGGCCCAAGUCUGUGCAGGGACUUACACAGAGCGUGGUGCUUCCAAACGACGAAUCGAGUGAGGAGAUCAUACUGGGGACCUUGACGAGGACUGAUACACCAUCGACGAUGGCAAGUGAUGCUGGUGUGAUAAGGAAGACUGUUGAAUAUGGAGUCACGUAUGAGACUAACCCCGACUGUUCACGUUAUUCGCCUGGCUCUUGA